AUGAUGGAUCCACAGCUUCUUCUCUUCCGAAGACAGUAUCUACAGCUUUUCGAGCCCGACUUCCUGGCCUGGCCACCCAAGCAACUGUUGAGAGAUCCAGCCGUGCAGUCAUGGUUAUAUGCGAAUCUCUUCAAUAUCGACAGGAACUCCAAGCUACCACCGGAACGCUAUCAGCUUCGAGUACUCAAGCCACUACUUGCCAAGAUCGAACAGUCUAUUGAGGAUCCUGAGGAGGAUGAAAUAUCAGACGAUCUUAUGUCACAUCUGUCUACUUUGAUCACAUCAGGCUUGCCUGCAGAAAGUACAGCGGUACAGCAGAAGUCCUAUGUGACCUUUACAUGCUUGCCACCUAAUCAGUCAGGUUACGAUGUAGAGAAGGUUGAGCCGACUGUGACACUGCUGGAGCGACGACAUUUAAUAUCAGGAUCCCUCACCACUGGAUUCAGGACUUGGGAAGCUGCUCUGCAUUUGGGCUCGUACCUUCUGACGCCAGCAGGACAGAAUAUCAUCAAGGACAGAUCUAUCUUGGAGCUAGGAGCUGGCACAGGCUUUCUUGCUAUACUGGCGGCCAAACAUUUGAAUGCAAAGCACGUCACUUCCACUGAUGGUGACGAGGGUGUGGUUGAAGCAUUGAAAGAGAAUUUCUUCCUCAAUGGACUCGACGACGAGCAAAAGAUCUUCGCAAGUAUACUUCGUUGGGGCAGAGGCCUCAAAGGCACCUGGGUUGAAGAAGAUUGUGAAGCGUGGCCUUACGAUGUCGUGCUAGGCGCUGAUAUUACAUACGACAAGGUCGCGAUUUCUGCAUUGGUAGCAACGUUGCGCUUGCUUUUCGAGAUGCGACCAAGCGUGCAUGUCCUGAUAUCUGGAGCCGUCAGGAAUUUGGACACAUUCGAGACGUUUCGACAUGCGUGCUUGCGAAGCAAGUUCCAGGUCGAGGAGCUUGACUUUCAACCAAAAUCCAUCCGCGAACAGACCUCGCUCUUCUAUGCGAAGGCUGUGCCGUUGAAGAUACUGUCGAUCAAGGCUCCAACUACAUAG